GUAUGGUCUACAUGGUAUGUUGGGUUAUUAUGAAUACAAAUGUUUAGAACUUCAUGGUUUGUAAACAGUGUAAUGUGAUCUGCACUAUAGUUUUUAAUGCACAUCAUACCAGUCAAGCUCAUUGGAUAAUUAUGUAUUAGUGAUGAUUUAUUAUUAGUUUAACUUCAUGACAUUAUGCUAACAAUGUGGUAAUGCUAUAGUCUGAACUUUAUAUUCUCAGCUCUAGAAGGCACUGUGCAUGCUGUAGAUGGACAAUAUCAUCGAUUUGGGGAUUUUGGAGGAGCCUUCACUUUGUUUCAGUUCCCUUAAUACAUCGUGUUUGAAGAUUAAUUAUCCUCUGGAAGUUCGGGUUUUACUCUACAUCCUCUUUAGCACUUCUUCUCUUAUCACUGUGAUUGGAAACCUGCUUGUGAUCAUAACUGUUGUACAUUUCAGACAAUUACGCACACCAACUAAUUACCUGAUUCUCUCUCUGGCUGUUGCUGAUCUGCUUGUAGGAGGAAUAGUGAUGCCUCCUAGCAUGAUCCGCUCUGUGGAAACUUGCUGGUAUUUAGGAAGCACCUUUUGUAAAAUACACAGCAGUUUGGAUGUCACUGUGUGCACUGCAUCCAUUUUAAACCUGUGUAUUAUUUCUUUAGAUCGAUAUUAUGCUGUAUGUCAUCCGCUUCUGUAUUACAGUAAAAUGACUCCGAAUACCAUUAGAUUCAUGAUCACAGUGUGUUGGGGCAUUUCUGUUUCUGUUGGGUUCGGGAUGAUAUUUCUGGAGCUCAAUAUUCUUGGAAAUGAAGAUUUUUAUUACAAUAACUUUGUGUGUGAAGGCACCUGCAUGGUGUUCCAAGCCAAAGUGGGAGCUGUGGUAUUUUCUAUGCUUUGUUUUUACAUCCCCGCAUUAAUUAUGCUAUGUGUGUAUAUGAAAAUCCUCCACACUGCACAAAGACAAGCUCGUGCAAUUCAAUCCACAAAUGCACAGAUGAAGACAGCAGGAGAAAAAGCCACUAUGAGCAAAUCAGAAAGAAAGGCCACAAAAACAUUAGCCAUAAUCGUGGGAGUUUUUCUGACUUCAUGGGUACCAUUUUUUAUUUGUAACUGCAUAGAUCCAUUUACAGGAUAUUCAGUUCCACCAGUUGUGUUUGAUGUAUUCCUUUGGGUCGGAUAUUUUAAUUCAACAUGUAAUCCGAUAGUGUAUGCCUUUUUCUACAGCUGGUUCAGACAUGCUUUUAGAGUCAUUCUGUCUGGGGGAAUAUUUCAGGCUAAUUCCUCACACACUCGAUUGUUUUGAUUGCAUAUUCCAAGCUGAAACUGUAUACGCUUGGUUCAAAUUCUAUCAACAUUUCUUUUAGGUGAAAGAAAAGUGUUUAAUAAUGAGUGUUGUUUGUAAACCUGAGUCAGAAAGGUGAUAUUAGUAGCGUUCUCAUUUCAUCCCUCUAGUUCCACAAUUACUUGUGUACACA